GGGGCGGCGGCGGGGGCGGCCGGCGGGCUCCGGGGCCGGGACGAUGACUCUGGAGUCCAUGAUGGCGUGUUGCCUCAGCGAUGAGGUGAAGGAGUCCAAGCGGAUUAACGCCGAGAUCGAGAAGCAGCUGCGGCGGGACAAGCGCGACGCCCGGCGCGAGCUCAAGCUGCUGCUGCUCGGCACCGGCGAGAGCGGGAAGAGCACGUUCAUCAAGCAGAUGCGUAUCAUCCAUGGGGCCGGCUACUCGGAGGAGGACAAGCGGGGCUUCACCAAGCUGGUCUACCAGAACAUCUUCACCGCCAUGCAGGCCAUGAUCCGUGCCAUGGAGACCCUGAAGAUCCUGUACAAGUACGAGCAGAACAAGGCCAAUGCGCUCCUGAUCCGGGAAGUAGAUGUGGAGAAGGUGACGACUUUCGAGCACCGGUACGUCAGUGCCAUCAAGACCCUGUGGAACGACCCUGGCAUCCAGGAGUGCUACGACCGGAGGCGGGAGUACCAGCUCUCCGACUCUGCCAAAUACUACCUGACCGACGUGGACCGCAUCGCCACUGCGGGCUACCUGCCCACCCAGCAGGACGUGCUGCGGGUCCGUGUGCCCACCACCGGCAUCAUCGAGUACCCUUUCGACCUGGAGAACAUCAUCUUCAGGAUGGUGGAUGUGGGAGGACAGAGGUCUGAGCGGAGGAAGUGGAUCCACUGCUUUGAGAACGUGACGUCCAUCAUGUUCCUUGUGGCCUUGAGUGAAUACGACCAAGUCCUGGUGGAGUCGGACAACGAGAACCGCAUGGAGGAGAGCAAAGCCCUGUUCCGGACCAUCAUCACCUACCCCUGGUUCCAGAACUCGUCCGUCAUCCUCUUCCUCAACAAGAAGGACCUGCUGGAAGACAAGAUCCUGUACUCGCACCUGGUGGACUACUUCCCGGAGUUUGACGGCCCGCAGCGGGACGCACAGGCCGCCCGGGAGUUCAUCCUGAAGAUGUUCGUGGACCUGAACCCCGACAGCGACAAGAUCAUCUACUCACACUUCACCUGCGCCACCGACACGGAGAACAUCCGCUUCGUCUUCGCCGCCGUCAAGGACACCAUCCUGCAGCUCAACCUGAAGGAGUACAACCUGGUGUGACCUGAGGGCCCGGGACAGA